CGGCCCUCGGCAGCCGCACUUCCGCCCUUCCGCUCUGCCCUCAGGCGCGGGGCCGCCCGCGCGGCCGGGACCCCGCUGCUGCUGCCGCGAACCGGCCCGGCCCGGCGGCUCCGAGCGCAGCCCGCCCCAGCGGAGAGCGAGGCAGCGGGAUCGCCAGAGGGCACCAGGAACCGCGCUGGCAGCCGCGCCGCUGGAAGGCGGAGAGAGCAGGAGUGCUCUGUGAUUCCCCGGCCGGGCGCUGAGGUUUGGGUUAUUCGGUUUGUUACAAAAAGUUCAAGUAAGACAGAUUUAUUCGUGCCGACCUCUUUCGGUCUGCGUCCAGGUGAUGCUGUGAGCACAUGAAUAGUGUGCAGGGACUCUUGGCUGCCUCUGUGAUUUCCAUCCAGAAUUCCUGCUUCAUCUAUCCUGCCUGUCAAAACUGCUUUUCUAGGCUGAUACUGGAUUCCAGGAGGUUCAACUGUCUAAAAUGUGGCUGCACAGGUGAAGCUAAAGAUGCAAGCUACAGAUAUAGAUUGUCCUUAAAGAUUGCUGACACUAAUGAUUUGUUUGACAUCACUGUUUUUGGAAGUUGCUUAGAUCCAUUCUUUGGGGUCACCGCAGAGAAUCUGCAGAGGUAUAUUCAAGACUUCAAUCAGCUGUCAGGAGAAACAAGCACAGAGUCAACUGCAAGAGUGUUAGUUCAAGCAGUGGAAACCUGUUUCAUUGGAAAAAGGUUUAUAUUUGGAGUAAAGGUUUGUGCAAGGGAACAUGGAGGGCAUUCUGCUGCCAGCAGCAUCUUGCAGAAGUGUUCCAGAAUUAAUAGAAGUACAAAAAACCUUGUGGCGUGCCAGAUCUUCCCGCCGAAUGCUGCUGUUCCUGGCUUUACUGUUAUCAGCUACUUAGAUCGUCUCCUGCAGUUGGCAAAAUUCAGGAGCUGUAAGAACAGCUCAUAUUUACCUGAUGCGUCAUCAGCUCCCAUAGAUGAACCUCUCAGUGAGCUCAGCAGCUUGUCUAGCCUGAGCAGGAGCUCCUGUUUUGUUCAGUCUAGUGGCAGGGAAAGUUUUUUAGGGUGCUGGCAGCAAUCCUUAAGUCUGACUUCAUCUGUUGCUUGGGUAACAGCGGAAGACUUUCCCACUCUGGAAGUGGGAAAGCUGGUGAGUGAACAGCAUGAACAAGAGGAGAAGCCUGUCUCUGCAGAAUUGGGCAGUGUAAGCCUAAACAAUCAAACUCUUUGGGACUCACAGUUUCUGAUCCCUUCUGUGAAGGAAGGGGAUAAAGAGAAGCAUAAUGAAUCGAGUUCACAGCUUAGUCGGACUGAUGGUAUCUCUGCAACUGAUAAAUCGGAGAGGGUUUCCUCUUCAAACACCAAAUGUUCAUAUGGAAACAGUUCCAAGUUGUUACAACAUCCCUUGGAAUCUGAGGUAAAAAACAAUUACCCAAAAACUAAUAGUAGAAAUCAUUGUUACAGAGAAAAAUCCCACAAGGCCCUUGUUUGCAAGAGAGAUGCCUCAGCUCCUAAUCACGUAAAUGUAGCUGGAGUGUCUCAGAUGGACUCUAUGCUUUGGGAAGAGCUCCCAUUCUCAGAAAGCCUAAAUGAAUUGUUAGCCAGAAUAGAGGAUGGCAGGAGUGCUGUAACAUCACCCAGCUUUGAUGCAGGCAAACUUGUCCAUCUUGAGAGCAGCAAGUUGGGUGUAAAUCUUAACAAAUCAUAUUCCAGGCAAUCUGUAGGUGAUUUGCCUGCAGCCAGUGUCUCAGGGAGGCUCAUGCCACCAGCAGGGAAUGACAGUUGGGAGACCACAGUGUUUGCUUGUCUUCAGUCAAAUGCAAACCCUCCGAGUGAUAUCUCACAAUAUGAGUCUUCCCUUAGUGAUUUAUCUUCAACCCUCAAGGAAGGUGGAGUGUCCCUGCCAGUUACACCAGAGCCUUCUGUUUCUCAGAGCAGAUGUGUGCGGUCCAAAGAAGCAAAUAAUGACCCUGCAAAUUCAUCUUGGUCUUUUAUUAGGCUGCAUGGAGAAACCUCCUGUUCGAAAAAGAGCAAGACAGCCACCUGUGUGCAUUCUGCAUGUGAAAGCUGUUUAGCUUGUGAAAAUAAAGAAAACUAUUCUACACCAAGCCAAAAGACAGAUCUUACACUCACAGGGGCCCAGGUCGCUGAUCCACCAACUCCCAGCAAUGCAAGAAGUAUAUAUAAAAGAGAAUUAAAACCAUUGACAGAACUGUCAGAUAAUACCUUCAGAAGUGUUAGUAGGAAAGAGCUGCAGUGGAACAACAUCUUCCCUGAAGGCAGCUACAAUGCUUCUGCUGAUCUCUUUGAUGCAAGUGUAAGAGAUGUAGCAAAACCUGUGGAAUUCUUAAAUAAAUCAUGUAGUUCUUUAAUACAGGAAGAUACUCUGACAGAGGAGGUCGCAGCUGAAUCGGUGCUUUCUCCUGGAGGUGUUCCUUGUAACAGUUCAAAACUGAGCUCAUCCCUACCCAGGUCCCCUCGUGCUUUUAGCAAGCACAGUACACCUGUUACUUACUCCUUUUGGGAUUCAGAAUGCAGUUCAGUUUGUGCUCAGGACUUCGUUCCUUAUUCACAGUCAACUCCUAUGACAAAACCUCUGCAGAAACUAUGGCCUGUUGGGGAAAGAAGCUCUAUGGUCACCCUCUUCACCCCUAAAAAUCCCACUAAAAUCCAUUCCAAAGGCAAGCGGUCCAGGUCUUCCUUUCAGAACACUCUGCUGCAGCAGCUUACUGGCAAGUUAUUGAAACGUGAGAGACCAAGGAACAGGAAAGACAAAGAAAGUGGUAGCUCUGCUUCCCAGAAGUUCCUGAGCAGCCAACUGCCUGCCACCUUGGAGGAGUGGAUCCCUCCAUCUUCAAGCAAAGGGCUGAAACCAACUGCCUCUUUAAAUUUGAAAGCAGUUAGCUGGGCUGCUGACUUGCAAUCUCCUUGUGGGCACACUGGCAGGAACCCUAUUUCUGAAAGGAGAAGGAGCAAUGAAAAUGAUGAAAAUCUCAUCCAAAAUGAGAGAAUAAGCCCUGGGGACAGAGCCAGGAUUCUAACAACUCCUUUAUUCGCAAGUGUCACCAAGACCCUGUUUUUAAAUGACCCUGUCCUUAAAACUUGUUCCCCUUCAGAAGGUGAGAAUCACCAAUCAGGUGGAAAUUAUUCAGGGGUUGUGUUGGAAAGGCCAACUGUCUGGUCCCCUGAGCUGUUCUUCCAAGCACGGACCCCUUUUUCUAAGAAGCCAAAAUACUAGGAAGGAUACAUUUCUAUACUGUGUUCUUUUAAUUAUUUUUUUUUAACUUUUGGAAAGGAUCUGGUGGAAGAAAAGAGCUAUUUUAAAGUUAAAUUGUUUCUACACCUGUCAGCAUAUGUCUUGCAAAGAGGAGUUAGGUUUAUUUUCAGACCUUUGUACCAUAGAGAUGAGGGAAAUCAGAAUUUGUAGUUACUAUAUUUUCUUGAAAAUUAAUGAGGAUGUGCAAUAAACACUUUUGUAAAUGUUGAGUAUUGAAUAGAUAUCACUUCAUAAAGUACA